AACAGCUGGGAGCAUGGCUGAGACUCUCUCUGUUCAGAACAUCACCAGCUGAGCCCUGUGGAACCAGAUGGAAUGUUGGCACGCAAAGGUUCUGUGGCAGUUGGAAUGUGACAGUUGAUUUGAGGAGGUGGGAGUAACAGCUAUGGGGGACACACAAAGGUGGUGGUGCCUGCAGCCAGGGGUCAGCUCUGUCACAAACAAUGGGGAACAUGUUAACACAGCAACGUUGGUCAAUGCAAUGCAACACAUGGAAAUGAGCCCCAAAGCACUACCUACCUAUGUGGCUGUACUGCCUCUCUGGAUGAUUUCCUGGUCACUAGCACACACUGCUUUGUGUUGUUUUAGUGUGGCUACUGCUGCGGUGCUUUGUGACAGCAUUUGAUGAAAUAGUACACAGGCACACUGGGGUGAGCGCCUGCCACAAGUACUUAAAUAAUCUGACUCCAUGCCAUACUGAAAUGGGCACAAGUGAAAGCCUUUCCCAUAGCUACUGGUAUAUGGUGGCACCAUUACCAGCACCACUCUAAGCGUUGACCACCCACCAUGCCAAGAAAGAAAGCUCCCCACACUGGCCAGAGAGAGGCUACAAGAAGGAAAUCAUUAAGGAAAAAUGAAUCAGAUACAGUGCACGGAUGAUGGAUUACUUGGUCCAACUACCACACCUAUGUAACAGCAUUGGCUCUCAUCCACUAUUUUGUGCUAAACGUCUUGAAACUUUAGGCUGCGCCAACAUUUUCAUGAACAAACCAAUGGUUAUCCAAAUACUCACAAACAAGGAAUGACAGAACACAGCCCUUCUCCAGCAAUGACAUCAAAGCCUCUGGACAUUACAAGGAGAAGGUACCACCAGCAGCAGCAGGUCAAGUGAAAAGCAAAACAGCAAGUAGCCUCUCAACUGAAAAGAGCCCUUCUGCCCAUACACAUGGCAACACAUGAUGAUUUCACAGCAGCUAAGUACCAAGCCCCUGUUGCGGUGUAUUGUGGGAGUGUCCCCAAAGUCAAACCCGGAUACAGAUCGCUGCGAGGGGGAAGCAUCGAUUCAAACUUGCAGCUGUAUGGAAGCAGAUGGACGACAGCAGAUGAAGCCUCUCUUCAGUCUGUACUGAAAGUCCAGAUGAAAAAACAGUCAUGCUUGUGGAGUGGAGAUGGGGGCCUACCUUAUCCCAGAGCCAUUUCCUCUCUGGAGGGCUUGGACAGCCCCACCUUGAAACAGGAUCCCAAAGAACUGGAGGUGAGCAGUGCGGCCAUGGAAACUGCUCAGAUCAAGGACAAGCUCAAGAAGAGGAGGAUCUCUGAGGGCUUAUUUGCAUCACAUAGAGGCUUGCUUGACUCCAGUGGCCCUAAGGAGGUUGCCCUGAAGCCAGCUGUUUCCAGAUCUGCCUCUCAAAGGCUGCUGCUAACUUCCAAGCCCAUGCCUCCCAUUCAGAGCAUCCCUACCUCCCCAGAGGCCAACGGCACAGAUGAAAGGGAGCAGAAGACCUUGGAGAAUGGCAUGGUCAGCUGGGGCCAUGGUGAGGCCCACACUGAGCUGACUCCAACUUCCCAAGAGACGUCCCGGCACUACUUGCAUUGCAAUGAUGAGAAGAUGAGGAAGUCAUUAGGUUCUGCUUUGAUUCCACCUAUCCCCAAAUCAGUGAGACCACCUGACGGAGACUCUGGCAAUUUUCCAAUGCCUCUUUCAAGCUCUCAGCAAUUGGACCAGGCUGCUCUCACUAUACAGGAGUCUGCUGAGAUAAGGUCAAGGCCAGACAGCAAUGCUGAGGAGAAGAUCCUUAAAUCUCUGGAAUUCAGAACUCUGGAACCCAUUUUGCCUGCUCCCCAAAAUGGCUUGACCGGUAGCAUGAAGCCUGCUGAAUAUUUACUGCCAUUAACAACCCUCUCCCUCAGCCAGGCCAAGGAGACAGGACCCCUAUCGAGCCCUCAUCUUUUAAAGGAUGAUGAUUGGAAGGAGAGCAAUGGAAGGAUCCACGUGACAAUAUCCAAGUCAGCUCAGGAGAAAAUGCGCCAGAAGCAAAUGAAAGAGAUGGAGCUUUUGCGUAGUGAGAGGGAGAAGGAAAAGGAGAGAGAGAAGGAAAGGUCCCUGCAGCUCCAUGAGCAAUUGCAGAAUGUUGACACAGAGGUUAUUGCUCAGGAAGUCCCCACAGGUUUUGGCCUGCUUAACACCAAUGGGAUCAUCUCCAUUACACCCAAUGUGACCAACCCCUGCAGAGCCAGUGUUGGUAUUGCCUUAAAGAAACGGGUCAACAGGCCAUCUCUGCCUAGUAUCCCCAUCAUCAAUCAUGACAGCAGCUUCAUGCGACACUCAUCAGCUAACUCCCUGCCAGCAAACAUUCUCGAUUCUCCAGAGGGGGAGGAGGAGUCUGAAUGUGGGGAAGCCUUGGAGAUGAGACCCUUCUCUCACCCGGAGCAAGGGCUGGUUGAUGCUCUCAAGUGGCUCAAUAGCAAUGACUGGCCACUGAAGGAGAAAGGACUUUUCAGCAUCAAAUGCCUGGCUACCUGCCAUUCAGAAGUCCUCCUUUGUCGACUUCAUGAUGUUUCCUUGGCAGUUACCAGAGAGGUUAGCAACCUCCGCUCAAAGGUGUCUCGCUUUGCUAUCAGCAUCCUUGGCGAACUCUUCAGAACCAUGAAGAAGCACAUGGACCAGGAGGUUGAGGAGAUUACCCGGGUCCUGCUCCACAAGACAGGGGAUUCCAGCGAGUUCAUUCAGAAAGCAGCUGAUCGAUCCCUGGGCAUCAUGGUGGGGAGUGUGACUCCCAUGCGAGCAAUGGCUGCCCUCAUGGCCGGUGGAGUAAACCAUCGUAACCCCCCUGUUCGAAAGUGCGCCGCUGAACAUUUACUGACUGUUAUGGAACAGAUUGGGGCUGAAAAACUUCUGUCAGGCACCAGAGACAACACAGAACUACUGGUCCAGACUCUGGUGAAGCUUGCUCAAGACUGCAAUCAAGACACUAGGUUUUACGGCCGGAAGAUGCUGAAUGUGCUGAUGCCUCAUCCGAAAUUCGAUGGGUAUUUGAAACAGUCUCUCCCAUCACAUAACUUGCGGAAUGUUAUGGCAACAAUAAAGCAGAAAGGGAUGGAAGACAAUGUAUCUGAACCUCCUUCUGCCAAAGGCCGCCGGGAGUCUAGGAACAGCAGCUUGACUACCUCCCAGGACAGUCUGCCUUCCAGUGAAGGGUCCAGAUCAGACACCCUAGCACCAGCACAGCCGGUGGUUCGUCGCUCAUCUCUCCGUAGUGUGGAAGCAAUGGAGCAGCUCAAGGAGCUGAACAAACUCUUGAUGGCUAAGGAAUUUCAGACACGAAUGGAGGGAGUGACGCUGCUGGUGGAGCAUUGCAGGAACAACCCCCAGUUCGUCUCUGCAAACAUUGUCCAGAUUUUUGAUGCUUUUACCCUGAGACUUCAGGACUCCAACAAGAAAGUGAACCAGCAUGCGCUAGAGUCAGCUGCCUCCAUGAUCCCUAUCCUCAAAGAUGGCUUACACCCGGUAGUGGUCUCCAUGGUGACGGUUGUCACUGAUAACUUGAACUCUAAGAAUUCUGGGAUUUAUACUGCAGCAGUGAGGGUGCUGGACACAAUGAUCGCAAACCUAGGGACAACAGAAUCUUGUGCUGAACUCUUGACAGAUAAUGUGUUGCUUCUACAAGCAUUUGCCAGCAGAGUGCAUUUCAUCAGUGGUCGAGCCAUGCAGGACAUCACGGAACACCUGUCAGCGCUUGUAUCUUCUGUCUACCCUCGGAAACCCCAGGCUGUGGAACGUCACACCCUGCCUGUUCUCUGGUAUUUCCUGAACAACAUGAUCGGAAAUGGGGUGUUACCUGGUAGGAGCGGGAAUGUCAGGACUGUGGUCUGCAAGCUUGUUAAAAGCCUGUACAAAGAGAUGGGACACAGCCUAAAGGAUCAUGCUUCCAGCCAACCACAACAUGUGAUAAAAUCCCUCUGGGACCUUUUAGACAUGGAACUCCAGUGAAGGAGGCCCAGUAGCCUCCAGGACAGUUUACAGUGUGGCACUUGAUGGGGUGGAUAAAUGAAGUGGUGGACAUUA